CAUGGCCGCAGCGGGCGUAUAAUCAUUCCUUCGUUCUUUCAAACGCCUUUGGCUCCAAGUAGGCGUCAAGUCACGUGAGUUGAACGCGCGCUCCCGUAAGAAUACCCGGUUCGCUGUCAUUGCUGUGUUGGGUCUGGAGCUGUAAGCAGUCGCUAUGGCAGGAGUGCUCGCCCGCAAAGCGGUGGACUAUGUGAAGAGCAAAGAGUUUCGCGAAUACCUCAUGAGCACUCACUUCUGGGGACCAGUUGCUAACUGGGGACUCCCAAUUGCUGCUAUCAAUGACAUGAAGAAAUCACCAGAUAUCAUUAGUGGCCGUAUGACAUUUGCCCUCACUUGCUAUUCUUUGUUGUUCAUGCGGUUUGCUUACAAAGUGCAGCCCAGAAACUGGCUACUGUUUGCAUGCCAUUUAACCAACGAAGGUGCACAGCUUGUUCAAGGAACUCGACUGAUCAAGUACAAAAUGUCACAAAAAGAAGUAAAUGAACAAAAAUGAACCGCAUGUCUCCAUCGUUGAAUACCUGCCUCAACCCAAACCAUAGGAUCUUGUCAACAGUUUAUUUGCACUUUGCAUUUUUUUUUAUACAAAACUAAGCAUCUAGCACUACAUGUUUAACAUAGGUUUUAUUUAUAUUAAUAUUUGGUUUCUAGUAUCAUCAUGCCCUAAAAACUGGUUUUCUGUUAAGCCUGAUCUUGAAAUCUGUUGACCAAUUUGACCUAGAUUUGGUUUGCUCUGGGAGGGACUAGAUAGGUUUUCGAAGUUUAAAUUUAAUUGAUCUGCAUACACACGCAGUCUAAUGAAGUUGAAGCCUUUAAAAAUAUUUCAGGGUAUUCAUAUCUUAUGAGUUUUUUAAUGAUCCUUAAUAAACAAAGAUAAAUCUUUC